GAAGUGACAUCGGCUGUCAGCUAUCAUAUGUUAUUGCUGUCAAUGCAAGAACGUUUAUAACCAACACGAAUCGGUUUUAGGUUUUUAAAUAAUUUUUAUCAAAUUAAAAUGUUCAUUGAAAAUGAAUAGAAUAUUUAUUGUCAAGGGGUUUACCAGCAGAAUAUCGAUUUUCUCCACAAAUCGACGAUACAAAAGUUUUUGUGAUGUUUAUAACACAAAGGAAGUGGAGCGAGAUGUUUGUGCAUUCGAUCGAAGUAACAAGAAGUUAUUCCCUAAUGUCGAACGCAAGCUAUAUGCGACGAAAUUCAACUCAAUUUUGCCGCCGCCAAAUGUAACGGGCAAUCUUCACUUGGGCCAUGCUAUGAUGAUUACUGUUUUGGAUGUGAUUUGCCGGUGGAAGCAUUUAAAUGGUUACGAUGUGGAAUUAGUGCCUGGUUUGGAUCAUGCCGGUAUCGCUACACAGGUGGUGGUUGAACAAAAACUCAAGAAAGAGCUUGGACUCACUCGAUUCGACAUCGGCAAAAGUGCAUUCAUUGAAAAGGUACUGCAGUGGAAAGACGAAAAAGGCGGUGGCAUCAAAGAAGAUAUUCUUAAAAUGGGAACCAUUUUCAAUUGGGAAAGGGAGUAUUUCACAAUGGAUCAACAUCAAUCGUUUGCAGUGGCUGAAGCAUUUAUUCGACUCUUCGACGAGCAGCUGAUUUAUCGAAAGGAAGCCUUGGUGAAUUGGUCAUUUGCACUGAAGUCAACUAUAUCCGACAUUGAAGUUGAGAAUAUUGAAAUCAAUGGUCCGACUAAAAUUCCAGUCCCCGGUUACGACAAAGACAUAUUGUUUGGUGAAAUAUACAAUAUUUCAUAUAGAACCAGCGACGAUGAAUUCAUCACCGUGGCUACAACUCGGCCCGAGACCAUUCUCGGUGAUACAGGCGUUGCAGUCAAUCCAAACGAUGAACGAUAUGCACAUUUAUGCAAUAAAAAUACACGACUUUGGCAUCCAUUUCGAAAUGAAUGGAUCCCGUUGAUAUUUGACGACAGUGUUGAUGCUUCCUUUGGAACGGGUGCCGUUAAAAUAACGCCAUCUCAUAGUAAAUCUGACUAUGAAAUUGCACUGAGGCACAAACUGCCGUUCAUUCCUGUGAUCGAUCAAAACGGUGCUAUUUUGAGUGAAUUCAACGGAUUUGCUGGACUGCCUCGGUUCAUUGCACGCGAAAAGAUACUUGAAUCAUUGGCAACUAUGAAUUUAUUUCAAUCCAAAGCCGAUCACAAAUUGGAUCUUCCGAUAUGCUCUCGAUCAAAGGAUGUUAUCGAGCUGCUAACGAAACCGCAAUGGUUUUUGAAGUGCGAUGAAAUGUCCAAGGAAGCGAUUAGAGUUGUUGAAACUGGUCAAUUAGAAAUUGUACCGUCGAAAUUUCAACAUGAAUGGAAUCGAUGGUUUGAAAAAUCGACCGAUUGGUGCUUGAGCAGGCAAAUUUGGUGGGGCCAUCAAAUACCAGCAUAUCAUUGUACUUAUGAAAAUAGAUCCAUUUGGGUCGCUGCACACACACGGAAUUAUGCCGUUGACAAAGCCGUAAAGGAGUUUGGCAGAACGGAAACGGUUGACAGGGAAAAAAUUGCGGUGAAACAAGAUGAAGACGUGCUUGACACAUGGUUUUCAUCUGGAAUCUUACCAUUUUCGCUGUUUGGAUGGCCAACUGUUGACAAACUUACUGCGAAUUAUCCACUUGACGUACUUGUUUCGGGUCACGACAUUUUAUUAUUCUGGAUUGCACGCAUGGUGAUGCUGUCGACUCACUUCCAAAAGAAUGUUCCAUUUCGUAAAGCAUUUUGUCAUGGCAUUGUUUGUGAUGAACAAGGCAGAAAAAUGUCAAAAAGCCGAGGGAAUGUUAUUACACCAGAUCAAGUGAUUAACGGCGCUUCGCUGAACGAAUUAAGAGAUGACUUGAAAAAACUGCACAAAGUUGGAAUUUUAACGCAAAAUGAGCUCAAUAAAUCGCUGCAUACGAAAGAAUUGUCAUUUCCAAAAGGAAUUCCAUUUAGUGGCGUUGAUGCGCUUCGAUUUUCACUCUGUUAUUCCGAUGUUCGUGAAUAUUUCAUUAAAUUCGAUCCGAACGAUUGUGAACGGAUCCAUCGAUUUUUGAAUAAGAUUUGGAAUGCAACAAAAUUCACUUUGACCAACUGCAGUGCCUUUUCGGUGGAUUCUGUGUCAAAUCCAGCGAUCAAAGCGAAUGAACUGUCCGUUAUGGAUAAAUGGAUUUUGAGUCGUUUAGCGAGGACGGUACGUGAAAGCAGCAACUCGUUGGAUUCAUUGAACGUUGGCUGUGCAGCUGUGUGGAAAGAAUUUUUCUAUGAGAAUCUCUGCGAUGUGUACGUUGAGGCGGCCAAAUACAGCUUUCAAAAUGAGUUAACAGCCGAUUCACAAACACAGUGCGAAGUCUUGAAAAUAUGCUUAGCUAUUGGGCUACGCUACAUGGGCGUCUUUACACCAUUUCUAUCCAACGAACUACUGACCUAUUUACCAAAUCAAAUGGAAUUUAAGCCAGAGCAGUGGAUAGACGAUACACUGGAGAAUGAAGUGAGUCAAGUGCUUGAAUUAUGCUCGGAAAUUCGACAAAUGAAAAAAGUGCAAAAUAUUCUGAAGAAGCAUGGUCCGAAAAGUUACUUAUUUUCAACGGACUCAAAAACACUGGAAAUAUUACAAAAAUUCCAACGACCUAUAAAUUCAUUAACAUUUUCGAUGGAAACGAAUAUUCUGCCGACGAAAAUGGAUGCAUUUCUUGAACGCGAGAAAUUAAUUUUGACUUCGAUCCUGAAUGAACGUUGUACGGUUGCCAUUUCAACAGAAGUCAAAGUCAAGCUAAUCGACAUUCAAGAGCGUAACAAAAAGAAGCUAAAUAAAUUACAAGAAUCUUUAAAAUUUAUUAUUGCUAAAACCACGACGGAUAAAUACGUUAAAAAGGCCAAACCACACAUAAAGGAAAGAGAUUUAUCGCAGAUACGAGACAUUGAAAAACAAAUAACAACUUUGUCCGAACUAAUUGAAAAACAAUAGAAAAAUAAACGUGAUAAAAAUAGCAAUUAAAUUUGGAAUAAUGAAAAAA